AUGCCGUUAGCAGAAGCCCAUGUAUCUUUUGGGUACAAGUUUGCAUUGAGUCCAAGAGUAAACCUUAACUCCGCGCUCCUCUGCUCUUGGAAGUGUUUGGGCACCGCUCCAGGGGUGCUCCCUGCUCCCUCCGCUCGGGUUUCCUGCCGGCAGCCCCCCUACCCCGGAUGCCUACCCGGCGGGACGCCGUGCCGAGCCUUGCCGAGCGCGGCGGGGCGCCGCAGCCUUGCCCGCGGCUGCCAUGCGUGUGCGCGGUGGCGGGGCUGCCCGCGCUGCCGCUGGGCGCCGGCGGUCCCGCAUCGCAGGGUUCCCCGCGGCGGCUCUCGGCUUGGCUGCGCGGCCGUGGCCGGGCGGACGCGGGCAGGUGCGCGCUGCGGCUCCCCGCUGCCCCCCUCCCCAGGUAAGGGCCGGCUGUGCCUGCGUGUGCCGCGAUGCGUGUGCGCGCCCGAUCGCCCGGCCCCGGCAGCCUGCCGAGCCGCAGCGGCGGAGGCGGCGGCAGCAGCCGCGGAGGUGCCCGCCGGGGCUGGAGGGGGGGAACCCCCGCAGGUAGCGGAGGGGGUUGCGGGGCCGGGAGGGCGGCGGGGCGGGCGGAGAGGGAGAGGGCGGUGCGGGGGCAGCCGCGCCGCGGGUUGCGGGAGCGGCGGGGGCGACCUGCGGAGCCCCGGGCAGCGGCGAGGCGGAGCUGGCUCUCUCGUUGCAGGCGGCGACGAACCGGAUGCCUUUGGCGGGCAGAAGAUGUGUCAUGGGAAGCAGGCGAGCGGCGGCGGUGCCCUCCCGGCGGCGCAGCGGCGGGCGCUGGCCGCGGCGCUGUGGCUGCAGCUGGCUCUGAGCCUCGGCCCGGGGCCGGUGGCGGGCGGGUUUGAUGACUUACAUGCUUGUGCUGAUCCUGGAGCUCCUGAACAUGGAUACAAGACGCCCAGUGCAGGUGUUUUCUUUGAAAGUGUGGUAGUCCGGUUUCAUUGCCAAGAAGGAUACAGGCUUAAUGGUACUUCAAAAAAACUUUGUGUGAGACACUUUAAUGGCUCUCUGAGCUGGAAACCAAGUGAUAAACCUGUGUGCCUACAAGAAGUCACAGAUUGCCUUGUUCCACAUGUUGAAGAUGCAGAGAUUCAUAACAAGACAUACAGGACUGGCGAUAAGUUAAUAAUCAGCUGUCAUGAAGGAUUCCAGAUCCGUUACCCUGACUUAGACAACAUGGUUUCAAUAUGUCAAGACGAUGGAACAUGGGAUAAUCUGCCCAUUUGUCAAGGUUGCCUGAGGCCAUUGGUUCUUCCUCAUAGUUACAUUAACAUAUCUGAGUUCGAGUCCUCCUUCCCUGUAGGAACAGUGGUGUAUUAUCAAUGCUUUCCUGGAUAUAAACUAGAAGGGGCAGAGUUCCUUGAGUGCAUGUAUAACCUUAUCUGGUCAGAUAGCCCACCUAGGUGCCUUGAUGUGGAAGUUUGUCCACUACCUCCAAUGGUGAGUCAUGGAGACUACAUCUGCCACCCGCGGCCUUGUGAGCGUUACAACCAUGGGACAGUGGUGGAGUUUUACUGUGAUCCUGGUUACACCCUCACCAAUGACUACAAGUACAUCACCUGCCAGUAUGGAGAGUGGUUUCCCUCCUACCAAGUAUACUGUGUCAAAACAGAACAGACCUGGCCAAACACACAGGAGACCCUCCUGACUACAUGGAAAAUAGUGGCAUUCACUGCUACCAGUGUUUUAUUAGUACUGCUACUGGUUAUUUUAGCCAGGAUGUUCCAGACCAAAUUUAAGACACAUUUCCUUCCAAGAGGCAACCAGGAGGGCUCCAUGGGUGACCCCGACUUUGUGGUGGUGGAUGGUGUUCCUGUCAUGCUGCCUUCCUACGAUGAAGCUGUAAGCAGUGGCUUGAAUGCUUUGGCACCCGGAUACUCAGCUACCACAGAUCAGGGGCAUGUUUUGCAGACAGAAGAUCAGAACCCUCCUGCUUACCCUGGCCCCAGGAUUGCAGACACGCUGCCUAGUGAAUAUGAGACCUGUGACAGCAGGUCAGGCUCCUCUGAACUGCUCCAAAGUUUGUACUCACCCCCAGCAAGCCAAGUGGCAGCGCUUCCUGGUUCAGAUCGAACUGACCUAUCCCAUAGCACUGCCACGGAGGCUGUGUCCACGAGUCCACAGAUCGAUAUUGCAGAUGAGAUUCCUUUGAUGGAAGAAGACCCUUAG